GACAAAUAAAUAAGACUCCAAAUAAUUGAGUGCAAUGGAAAACUACCACUUGGUGUUCACAUUCACUUUAUCCCUUAUCUCUUCAUUGGUACAGAGAGAACACAGGGUGAUGAAAGGGAAGCUGAAACAGUGAAAAAAAUCCUCUCUUUCUCUGUUGAGUUGAGUUGAGGUUGAUGGAGUCAAAGGCUCUGCGUUUCAUAACCCACCAAUCAAUAUUCUCCACCGUUGGAUCUGGGGACCUUGAUGGGCUGAAGCAACUGCUGGAACAGGUGAACAAGGAUGAUGAUGAUAAUGGGUCAUCUUCGCUUUCUGAUAUCAUGUCCCUUCAGAACGAUGCUGGAGAGACAGCGCUUUACAUAGCUGCAGAGCAUAAUCUGCAACAUGUGUUCAGCUUUUUGCUCAACUUGUGUGACUUUGAGGUCCUCAAGAUUCGCUCCAAGUCUGAUAUGAACGCGUUUCAUGUUGCAUCCAAGCGUGGCCAUCUGGAUAUUGUGAGGGAGAUUUUGAGUACGUGGCCUGAGGUUUGCAACUUAUGUGACUCCUCAAACACCAGCCCCUUAUAUUCUGCUGCAGUUCAAGACCAUUUGGAUGUGGUGAAUGCUAUCUUAGAUGUUGAUGUCAGUUCCAUGUUCAUAGUUAGGAAAAAUGGCAAAACUUCAUUGCAUAAUGCUGCUAGGUAUGGCAUCCUUCGUAUUGUAAAAGCACUUAUUACCCGGGAUUCAGGAAUAGUCUGCAUCAAAGAUAAAAAAGGUCAAACUGCACUGCAUAUGGCUGUCAAAGGUCAGAGUACUUCAGUGGUGGAAGAGAUAUUACUAGCUGAUGCUACUAUAUUGAAUGAACGAGAUAAGAAGGGUAAUACAGCUCUUCACAUGGCUACAAGGAAAGGCCGUUCACAGAUAGUGAGCCUUUUGCUAAGCUAUACGGCUGUGGAUGUUAAUGCAAUCAAUAAGCAAAGGGAAACAGCCUUGGAUUUGGCAGAUACACUGCCAUAUGGAGAUUCAGCUUUGGAAAUUAAAGAAGCCCUUGCAGAAUAUGGUGCUAAGUAUGCUAGGCAUGUUGGUAAAGUAGAUGAAGCCAUGGAACUUAAAAGAACAGUGAGUGAUAUAAAGCAUGAGGUGCAGUCACAACUUAUACAAAAUGAAAAAACUCAGCGAAGAGUUUCUGGUAUUGCUAAGGAAUUGAAGAAACUUCAUAGAGAUGCAGUUCAAAACACCAUUAAUUCAAUCACAGUGGUUGCCGUCCUUUUUGCAUCAAUAGCAUUCUUGACUAUAUUCAAUUUGCCUGGUCAAUAUAUAAAGACAGGAUCAGAUGCAGGGAAGGCUAAUAUAGCAAAUAGUGUUGGUUUCAAGGUUUUCUGCCUUUUGAAUUCAACAUCACUUUUCAUAUCACUUGCAGUUGUUGUAGUUCAAAUAACAUUGGUAGCAUGGGACACGAGGGCUCAAAAGCAGAUUGUAUCAGUGGUUAACAAGCUGAUGUGGGCUGCAUGUGCAUGCACUUGUGGUGCUUUUCUAGCAAUAGCUUUUGAGGUUGUUGGACAGAAAAAAUGGAUGGCUAUUACCAUCACCAUUUUGGGAGUACCAAUUCUAGUUGGGACUCUGGCAAGCAUGUGCUACUUUGUUUUUCGACAACAUUUUGGGAUUUCUCUCGGUGAUUCCCAACGACGCAUCAAGAGAGCAAGUGGAAGCAAAUCUUUCUCAUGGUCUUAUUCAGCAAAUAUAUCAGAUUUGGAUGAAUAUAAUUCUGACAUUGAGAAGAUCUAUGCUCUAUAAGCCAAGAAUAAUGUUACACACAACAGAGAGCAGUACUUUUUCAACCUUUGUAUAUCUUUGAUAAUAAUUAAUAAUCAGCACUUGUAGAUUUUUAUAUAUAUAUAUAUACAUAUAUAUGGAAAGAAAGUCCACUGCUGAAGUGUGAUUUUGGGAACAAGCAUUUUUAUUCCAAGACUAAAAUGAAUUAUCACAUCUCACU